CAUAAGGUGAGAGUAAAAGCGAGGGAGGGAGGGAAGGAGAGGCUGUGGGCGGGGAUGGGGGGUGGGUCGCAUCUGAGUGAGGAGCUGCAGGAGCCAGCAGUUGCCCGCUUGCUACCGCUCGACAGAGAGGUAGUGUGGCAGUCCUCCGCGUGACCCUAACUGACUAGCUGGCCGUUGCCCUCUCGCUCUCCCCGCCCCGCUCCGGUUACCCCAGCAUCGCAUCGCCUUGCUCGCCAAUACUUCCACUCGCUACGCCCUCACACACCAGAAAAGAGAGAAAAGUCUUGCCCAGCGACGCUUAAUGAUAAAAUAACAAACAUGAAACCUCCGUGACAUUCUCCUGUGGACGUGAUCGAUUACUGCUGUUAUUUGUUGAUCAGCUUUCUAUUAUUUACUUCUUUUUUCUCUCUAGUCAAGCAAAUGGCCUGGAAAUUGCGCCUCUAUAUGUUACCCUCCCAGCUGUUGGUACGUAAAAUGUUCAGCAGCGAUGAAAAGUGAAGAAGACUCACUUUAAUGUAAUACGACUUACCGCCACUUCCCUGCCAUCCAAUGUGGUGAGGAGCCCUCUCCACCACUCCGACCAAUGAUAUCGUUAUUUUCUCUCUUAGCCUCUUCCUCCUCUUCCUCCCGUCCCCCUUCUUCCUCCUCCUCCUCCUCCUCCUCCUUUUCCUUCUUGUCCUCGUCGACCUCCUUUACCUCUUCCUCCUCGUGUUGAUACCAUGGUAGUGGCAGUCAUUUCUGUGCUACUCUCCUCUGUGUUGUCUUCGUCCGUGCUUCUUUCCCUUGCCUUCCUCUCUCGAGUUCUGCUGCUCUCUCACGGCGCCCAGACACUUGAACUGGGAAGUGCUGACACUGUCUCCGAUCUCACUCGUGUAGUGCCAGUUGACUUCACGCCCUCAGGUUGUGCUGAGUCUGUGGGCUGCUACACCUUGCCGAGUAAUCUUCCUUUGCUACCGUCUAAUCCACAAUCCAUUUCCCAUUCCAUCUCUGUUUCUACUUCACCUCUGUCCACUCUUUUAUCGAACCCUCAGACGGUGCAGGUCACAGCCAUGCCCGUCAUUCCGCCAGUCUCCACCACCCCGCUGCCUCUCAAUUCUAACGAUGUUACCGCUCCGCCCAAUGUCUCGCUAGACGGACAAAUAAGGCACAAUCGGAGUGGAGAUGGACACGUACCGCUAAACAAUAAAUCACGAUUCCGUCCUCACCUCCUCCUCGUCGCGCUCUCCCAGCAAGCCUCUCAUAUUUCGAGGUUGAUGCCAUGCUCAGAACACGACAAAGAUCUCCAUAUCCCCUACUCUUCUUCGCCGCAAGAGGAAAGCAAUAUCUCUGUCACUUCGGGAGAGAUGAAGAAUCAAAUUGGUGUAGCAGACUCUCACGGUGUCAUUCAGUCUGUGCUGAGACACGGAAGUGAGGCAGGCCCUAUAAAUCAAACGUUUGUAGCAAGGAGCGCAAAACGAGAGGAAGUGAAAUCUAACAGAAGCUCAAGUGAAUCGAUAUUGAAUGGUGGGAGAGUUGAUUCCACAAUACGUCAGGCAGUUGUAAGAGUGCAGUCACCCAAAGCCAGGGGGAUAAAAGCCUCGUUCCUCUCCCAAAAGACGCAACCAGAGUCAAUGAAUCAAACACUUGCCUCCAGGAAGCGAAAAACCAGACGCUCUCGUGGAAGCAACGCUCGGGACACUCAAUUAAAUUACUUAAAUUUGCAAGCAGAGGUGACUCUCGACUCAGCGCAAGACCAAAAUCAAAAGAGAUCCAAAAAACUAAAUCGAAAUCGAAUGAUCGAGAGAGACACGGAACAAAUCAAAAGCCAUGUUAAGGUCAAUACAAUCGUCGUUCAUUCCACUCUCCUUCCGCCUCCAUCAUGGGAGGCCCGGGCUCUGAGCGAGGCACCUGGUCAUCAUGGAGACUCGUCCUCCAAGCGAGAUGUUGAGCGCGCUUCAAUGAGGAACGUAAAAAUGUUCUUAUCUGAGGAACCUUCACGAGGACCGAGUGGCAACAUCUCUAGAAGGAGGACGCGUCCUAUGUCCUCACAGGACUUGAAAGACAUUGAAGAGCCACCUGAUGAAGAGGAAAAGUAUGGAGCUGCAAAGCGAGUAGGGGACAAAGGCGUACAUUUUCAAGGCCCAACGGAGGAGAGAGUGAUGGACGAAGGGGAGACUAAACUAAGCGACAGUUCCGAGGGAAAGUCAGAGAGUCAGCACCAGAGCCAAAGUGACACAUCUUUCCGCGUUCUUCACGUGUCUCCCUUUAUUCCUGACCUUGCCUUGAAUGACGAAGACUCUCCAGCAAAUCCUUCCCUUGAUCGCCCCUCCGCCAGCCUUGUGGGCGCCAGGCUUGUCCCUACAACCUCUGCCGACGAUCUAUCAGCCGGUGACGACGCUUGGAUUCCAACACCCCGAACAUUCAGAUUACAAGGUGGCAACGAACAAGCGAGCAAUGAAGGGAAGAGCAACACUGGCAGGGGGAGGGAGGCCGGAAAGCUCUCGCGAAUGGCGAACAGGGUGAAAAUAGAAACAACAAGAGGGAUGGACGAGACGCAAGCUGUGCGCUCCAAUCAGGAGGAUGAACUCAGUGACAUUGCUCGGGGUAUCCAAAACGAGGCCGCGCUCCAGUUUUACGAGAAGCAAACAAAUACAGGGAGUGACAGAGUGCAAGUACUCGUACAGGAACACGGGGACCUCCCUCCUCUUUCGCCUACCGAUGAAACAAGGGCAGGAAGAGGGAAGAAAGUGCUUCAGGGACCCACCAGUAAGAGGGGCACAAGCCAGGCCCACGACAUCCCAUUGCUGGACACGGAAGGGUCAGUGCGGAUCCCCUGCUACGUGAUAAUCUUCCUGCUGGGAAUGAUCGGUAACACUCUAGUGAUCGUGACGCUGCUGCAGAACCGGAAGAUGAGGACGAUCACCAAUGUCUUCCUCCUGAACCUGGCAUUCUCGGAUCUCCUGCUGGGGGUGUUCUGCAUGCCCUUCACGCUGAUUGGCUCGCUGCUUCGGGACUUCAUCUUCGGGGCGGUGAUGUGUCGCCUCAUCCCUUACUUCCAAGCUGUGUCCGUGUCAGUCUCUGUAUGGACGCUUGUGGCCAUUUCGCUGGAACGGUUCUACGCCAUCUGCCAGCCGCUCAAGUCCCGGGGGUGGCAGACUUUGUCCCACGCAUACAAGAUCAUCUCCCUCGUUUGGGUCCUGUCCCUAGUGUUCAUGGCGCCCAUAGCAGUGCUCUCCCAGCUGCUGCCCGUCGGGAAUACAAGCCGCCACAAGUGCAGGGAGAUGUGGCCGUCGCUUCACUUCGAGCGCGGCUUCAGCAUGUUCCUGUGCGCCGCCCUACUGUUGGUGCCGCUGGUGAUCAUGGUGGCCGCCUACUCCUCCAUCACAGUUUCGCUGUGGCACGGCAUGAAGCUGGAACGUGAGACCGGACAAGUGAUCUCCCUCACGGACCUCAACGGGCUGGCUAUGGUUCAGCAGUCUCUCCGGCGGAAGCAGUCCCGUAGACACGUGUCCAAGAUCUCCAUAAGGUUCCGUAAAAUUCCUGCGCAAACGAAGCAGUGUGUGCAUUGUGGACGACCCGAAGGGGAAAGCAGCCUUGCCCACACACCCUCACCAGGAGAAGGUCACCAUCACGCCUGCCUCCACGACACUGAAUGUGAAAAUUAUAAGUGGCGUGUGGAGUCCGUGAGGGAAAGUAGUGACGGAGAGAGACGAAGAGUAGAUGGGAUAAAUAACGCAUUGGGCAUUUCCACUUCCUUCUCCCCUUGCAGCAGACGCCCAAACAAGCCAGAUUUCAAGCGCCUACGCAGCACACACCUGGAGAAAAGCAUCGAGGCCAAGAAGCACGUCAUUCGGAUGCUGUUCGUGGUAGUGCUCGAGUUCUUUCUAUGUUGGACUCCCAUAUUCGUAGUCAAUAUUAUGUGUCUCUAUAUCCCGGAGAAGGUAUAUCCCACAUUGGGCUCUGUUGGAAUAUCCUUCUUGCCUCUCUCCUACGCCUCCUCCUGCUGCAACCCCAUCACUUACUGCUUCAUGAAUAAGAAAUUUCUGCAGGGGUUUCGCUACGCCUUCGGUUGUCGCAAAGAGGCGGAGAGGAACGGCAGGAAAAAUGGAACGGCGGCGAGUUUUAGGAGUCAGAGUAACAAUAUUUUUAAGCUGGCGACGGAGGUGAAGCGGGAUGCGAGGGAGACUACUGUGUGAGUGACAAAGAGAGAGAGAGAGAGAGAGAGAGAGAGAGAGAGAGAGAGAGAGAGAGAGAGAGAGAGAGAGAGAGAGAGAGAGAGAGAGA